GGUGGGGGGUGCGGGGGGUGGGGGAGGGAGGCCCUGUAUCAGUCUGCCCUGGCAAGGGGACUGCUCUCCCUCCAUCGUUAACCACCCUAGCUGAGAAAGCCUGGUUAGCGUAGGGACGGUGGGGAGUUCUGCCCCCUCUUUAAGUAAGGUGACCCCCCACCCCAUGAAAUAACGAGACAUCUUCUCCCAGAAUUUCAGGUCUUUCCAGGACCCAGUGAGCCUCCCAGACAGGGACAGAGCUAGAGUAAGAGCAGUCCCUCUGGCCGUCUCCCCAGAAGAAAUCACUUUAGCCAGUGCUCCAAAUGCAGCAUUGCCAAACCCUCCCUGUUCAAAAAUCCUGAGUCAGGCUCACCAAAAAUCCCAAGAUUAUGUACAAAUAACAGAUUUGCGGUUCUUUUUAUUUAGCCUUCUGCUUUUGGGGCCUUUAGGGUGCACCGGGGUCACAUGUUGAAGCUUUCUCCACAGCCCUGAGGGCCAGAAAGUGACUUUUUCUUUAAGAAUGAAGGUUGAAAUCAUCACGUCUCCACGUGACUCCAGGAGCUGGGGCUUUAAGGAAAACAAGAAUCAUCAUGAGACUCAUGACAAAAAUCAGGGGAGUUGGCCACACUGCAAAUGCAACCAUGGCACUAGAGUUUAGGGUAAGCAAAGAACCUGCAGGUUUUUUCUAGAGCACCUUCCAAGCCAGCUGCAAUGCCAGGACACUUCAUGGAGUUGACAAGCAGCUGAUGAAGAGGGAGCGAGGCGUCUGCAGCGAGAGCUGGAAGAUCCAGGAGUUUACUACCAGUGAAAGACUCUGCAACAUCCCCUAGGCAGCCUGCAAUUGUCCAUUCCUAGCAGGGUGUUAGUCGCCAUCAGAGACCCCCCAGUUCUGGUGGUAGGCAGGGCUGGCACGUCAGCCUUGAGCCCAGCCAUCAGGGAGAAGAGGGAGUUAUUUUGCACCGAUUCAGAAGCCAAUUGUAGGAUUCCAGAUUUAGAUCUGGUCUCAAAAGCUCCACUGGGCCGUAGCAAGCCCCGAGUUCUGGGCUGCUCCCCGUCACGCAGGGCUGAGCUCCAUGGGAAAGACGCACUGGGCGAACAUAAAAUGUGAAUUUCAACCUGUGCCAAAGAUUGGGGGGGAGGGGCCUAUUUCUGCAUAAGUGGGGCUUUGUGUGGUUUAGGGGAAUUCAGCUAGAAACUGGACUAGCUAAACUGAUCUCACACCGAAAUGACGUCCACGCAGCCCCUCGCACCAGUUACUAUAUUGAUUUGAAAGCACAUUCCCCUUUAUGCCCAUGCAGCUUCCUCCGACAGCCACACCCUCAGUCGUGUUCGCAAAGCGCAGGCUUGGAUGGAGGUAGAAAAUCAACCAUUGGGGUCAGUGGGUGUUUUAUUUUAAAGCCACAGACAUUGAUGCUGGUUACGGGACGGGGCUGGGACAUUAGCUUGGGACGUGGGCGACCGGCGUUCAGCUCCCUGCUCCAGUCACAUCUAAAUUCCAAUUUUAGGCAUUUCUGUGAGCCACGAAGUCCCCCUCAGCCUAACCCUGUAGGCGCCUCAGCUCCCUCAGCACCUACAGUUCUGCCGUAAGCGUGUCCUCGGUGCCGGUGUUUCUGCCUCCGGGUGUGCACACAGCUGUCUCCCAUCGGUGCCCUGGCACGAUCUACGACUGACCCAGGGACAGACGGUUGUCCAGCUGCCUACCUUGCCUGCAGGGCCUGAUCCGGCAGAUGUGCUCAGAGCGUAACGCCACACAAAACGGCAGAGGAGGAAGACCCCUGUUCAGAUCCUCUCUCUUCUUCAGGCAGAGGGGGGAACUGAACUGGGCUCUGCCAGGUCCCGGGGGUGUACCCUAACCCCUGGGCUAACGCUUGUCAGGGAGGCGCUCCUCUUGCUCCCAGAUGUGGAGUUAAGCAAGCACCCAACGCGCGCUCGCAAGAAACAGCUUGGGGUGUUUGCAAAAUGUUCUAGAGUCAGAGCAUUCAGGAGUCACUUCGAGAGGGCAAGUUCUAGACCAUUCGUGAAACCCCUCAGGCUCCGGCAGAUCACUCUGGGCACAGGGCCUGGCCUGGAGGCGGGGGGGGUUGUUUAAGGCACAAGCCAGGCCAUUCUUUUCCCCUGGCACAAUGUGUUCCAGAAGCAGAACAUGAUGUAAGGGGGGGGGAUUCCUACAGCCCCCCCGCCCCCCCUCAUCCUGCCCUGCGAGGUUCUGAUCAUGGCUGCAGACAGAAACCGCUUCGGGCUUGCCGCUCAGGGCUAGUGUGGGGGAUGCAGACAGAAUAGGACAAAGAGGCAGAAUAGGACAAAGAGGUAACUCAGGCUGCAGGAAGGAAGCAGGGCAGGUGCAGGGCUGGGAGGCUCCCCCAUCGGCCUCAAUCCCAUUGGACAGGCACAGCCCAAGUAAGGCCACCCCCCCAGCUUCGCAGCCCCUAUAAGACACCCGGAGGUCUGGCACCGCUGGCUGAGUGCAAGAAGGGGUCUAGAUCGCCUAGUGCUCCUGGGGAAUGUCUGCUGAAGAGAAGAGACCUGAUUCCUGGCCAGUGGGACUGCAGCUGAAGAGCCCCCCGUAUACCUUCCACUCCAGCCUGGAGAUGCAGGGGCCUCCUCCCUCCAGCCACAAGCUGGUGAUCCUGACCGUGGGGGCGGUCGCGGUCCUCACCGUCAGCAUCGUAGGGGUCCUCGUGGCAACAUAUCUGGGGCGAGCUACCUGCAUCCAGCGAGAUGCCUAUGGCUACCUGCCUACACAGGUGAACGUCCAGAACGAAGCGUCGCUGCUCCUGGCUCUCAGCGAGCUGGGAGAACAGGGGGUCGCGCCAGGGAUAACCUGCGACCUGAGAAACCACCUGAUGGUGUACCACGGACAGCCAGAAGGGUGUGUGGCCCGGAAGAUGGAACCCUCCGACCAGCUGCCAUCCUGCCAGGAGCUGGAAAGCUACUUCCAGGCUGUAUUGAGAAACGCCACACUGGGGAUUACCUUGGAUGUUCAGAGCAUGGGGACCGGCUCCCUGGGCAGCCUGACCACCCUGCUGUGCAGCAACAAACCCACGUAUUUGAUCACAGCCUUUGCCCCUUCCCCCAGGCAUCACAUAAGCAUGGUUGCUUAGCAAGCCCAGAGCUCAUGCAGGGAACACCAGACUGCAAAUCCAGCUAUCCCGGCUUACUGUAUUAAUUCCAACUACAUCCACGCGGGAUGGCCACGCACACAUCUAAGAGUUUCUAGCCUUUGGUUCUAUACUUUGGGGGAGAACCAACAAAUAAUGAGCAUGGGAUUCUGUAUCACUGCUUUGCACGAGAUAAUCAGUAGCAAUAAAAUACAGAGAUGUGACAAGUUGCCGAGUUACCCGUAGCAUCAACAUGUAUCUAACUAAUCAACUCAGAAGCAAAAGCCAGUCUGCAGAGAUUCUUCAUUCCGUUGUAAUUCACAUGGGUUUGGUGCCCCCUUAGCACCUUCUGUACUACUCGGUGGGGAUACGAGGAAGAUAUAUUAAUGACUGACACAGUGAUCAAUAAAGA